UAAGCUCUUUUGAAAAAAUAAAAUUCCAAAACCCCUAAUAUCUAAGCAGCAAGGUAUAUUUCAAGACUUAGUUUUGUUUAGUGAUUUGUAAGCAAGCAAGAAACAGUUUGGAAAUAUUUUCAAAAGCCUGAAGAACAUGCUCUCAGAACUCUACAGAAGUUUUUGCCUGAGAACGGAUGCUACAAACUCGGCAGAAAAACAUCUGAAAGGGGACACAUCAUGCUGCUCAGCGGGUGCAAAUAAAAGCCUGAAAAUCUCUGCUGUUCUGCGAGCCGUGCCUUCUCCUAGCUUCUCAACCUGCUGAUGAUUCGGCAAGUCUAGAUUUAAAACAGAAGCUUUCAGAAGCAAGCGCUGUUUGUACAGGAAAAAAGGUCGCUGAUGGGCAUAUGUGAGCUGCACUUUAAAGCUUUGUAAUGUGGCCAUUUAAGAUGGAAUUUCGCAGGGACAGCAAAAGGUCCAUCCUUGAAAUGACCAUAUCCUGCUCAAUUCCAAAACCCUUAGUAUAAAGCACGGAGAGAGGGAAGAUGGGGAGAAAGAGAUGGGCUAGGUGUCCGUACCUUGAGAGAAGGAGUGAGGCACACAGCUAAGAAAACUACUCUCCAUUUACAUUACUAAAGAUUUGCAGAAGCACAUUCUAUGACCGUGAACACAAUGAAUGGGUGUCAGUGCAAGGACUGUGAUGAACCCCAAUCGAUCUGCCUUGCUAAUGAAGACAGCUGCAGUAUACUGAGCCAAGGUCCUUUUUAUUUGGAGUUUUAACUGUGGCCAUAUAAACUGGAGCUUAACUGGCUGAAGUCUUCUUCAAGUUUUGAUGCUGAAAAAUAUGUCAAUUGUGAAGAAUGAGAGAAGAAAAAGACUCUUCUUGCAUGACAAAAUACAGUGUUAUUUUAUAAUGAUGGCAAGGCACAGGACUAGGGAUUUUUACUAGGCCAUUUCUGAUUGUGACUUGAACGAGAAUGAAGUGGACAUGGACAAAAAAGAAGAUGUCUCUCAGCAGAACAUAUCUGGAAGUGGCAACGAUGAAGCUGAUGGCAACAAUAUAUGUGGUUUCAGAAAGAAAAAGGGAGUCAAAGGUACUGCAAAGCAUGUUCCUCCAUUAGCAAAUGAGAAAAUGGAGCUGUCCAACUCUUCAAAAAUCCUAAAUUUGUAUCAUCUUCAAGGAACCACUAGUCAUUCAGAACCACCAUCAUCAGAUCAGACUCUUCAAAACCUGGCUAGUUUUCCUCCAGUACAAAAAGACAGAGGGUGUAGUGACAGUUGCCAUAUUGGCAGUGACAUGGAAGAAGACAUGUCACGGGGAACAGCAGAAAUCCAGAAAAAUGCUGACACUGGGAAAGGAAUGAAUGAAAAAAUACACAAGGAAAUAGAUACGCCAGCUAAAAUGGAUCUGCCUGUGGAAGUACUACCUGCAAGUGACAAAGAGAAAGCUGAGUGCUUCAACAUACCAAAUAGAGAAAGAAACACUGACAGGACAGAGACAGAGAAUAAAGAGGAUGAAUGUGGGGGAACAGAAGAAGCAGCCAAGUUUUGUAUGACACAGGCAAGUUCUCCUGACAGUUCUGUAGCAACGCAAGGAAGCGGUACUGGAGAGCCCUUUGUGGGGGCACCUGGAAUUUCUAAACAAACUUUGGAAGAGUUGGAAAACCUGUUGAGCGAAGGUCCUUUGCUUAAUCAUGGGCCCAAAUACAAUGGCAAGGCAGGUGGCACUUUUUUUCAGAAAAUUCUGAAGCCAAGGGAGAAAGUUGACAAGCAGGGAAGAUCCUUUGAGACUUUUAGUCCCCAUUUUGGAGAAGAGAAUCAAAAGCACCCUGUUUUUCACUACCAGGGAGCGGGGCAGCAGAGCAAGCCUCUUUUGUUUCUUAGCUCUGCUGGGUCUGAUCAGCAACAACCAGAAGGAAGUGAUGUGGAUCAACCUAAUCUUAGAUUACCUGCAACUUCUGAAAAUGCAGAAAGCUCUACUUCAGAAAGUCAAUUUGACUCUGCUGCAGGCCAGACUGUGUCCAGCAGAGAGCCUGAUAUAAACGGCCUUGGAAGUCCAACUCUUCUUCACCAGUUCUCUCAUAUUGAAUUUAUUAAGCAGCAGAUGGCCAGGGAUAAUGUACAGUUUGUCAGAUUUGAAUCAAUAGACCUCCAUGGCGUGUCAAGAUCAAAGAACAUUCCUUCUCGCUUUUUUCAUGAGAAAGCAAUUCACGGUGUUUCCAUGCCCAGAAGUUAUCUUGAACUGACCCUGAAUCCUAAGGAUAGUGAAAUAGAUUACAUAAAUGCAACCAAUUUUAAUUGUGAUAUAAUCCUGAGCCCUGAUUUAGCGACUUUUCGAAUUCUACCCUGGACUGAACAGACUGCUCGAGUGAUAUGUGAUUCCUUCACUGUACUGGGCAACCCUCUAAUGACCUCACCCAGGCACAUUGCCAAGAAACAGCUGAGCCAGCUUCAGGACAACGGCUUUUCUCUAUGCUCUGCCUUCACUUACGAAUUUUGUAUUUAUGGCAUUACUGAGGUUGUAAAUUCGAAGACAAUAUCUUUUCCUGCAGCAACGAUACUAAAUAACCAUGAUCAGGCUUUCAUUCAGGAACUCAUUGAAGGAAUGUAUUAUACUGGUGCCAACAUUGAAAGCUUUUCUUCUUCCAGUGGGCCUGGACAAAUGGAGAUCACUUUUCAUCCAGAGUUUGGCAUAGAUGCUGCUGACAGUGCCUUCACAUUCAGAACAGGCAUUAAAGAGGUGGCUAAGAAGUAUAACUAUGUGGCUAGCUUUUUCUCAGAAUCAGGAUUCUACAACUCAGGGAUUCUCUCACAUAGCCUGUGGGAUUUGAAUGGGCAGAAGAAUUUGUUUUCUGUUGGCUAUGGAGCUGAGGAGCUCACUGAUGUUGGAAAAAAUUGGUUGUCAGGUCUCUUGGCACACACGGCAGCUAUCAGCUGCUUGAUGGCUCCUACCACCAGCUGCCGUAAGCCUUAUUCCAAAUACAGUAAAGAAACAAAAGAGACUGUAAAUGCAAAAUGGGCAUAUAAUGAUAACAGCUGUGCCUUUAAUGUCAAAUGUCAUGAUGGAAAAGGCACUCACAUAGAGAACAGAUUAAGUUCUGCUGCAGCAAAUCCCUACCUGGUGCUCGCUGCUACUGUUGCUGCAGGUCUAGAUGGAGUAAAGAGAGGACUCAGGUAUGAUAUUCCGCAAGAAGAAAAUCACAUUUCUGAUCUGAAACCUUCAUCAGUCCCUCUGAAACUAGAAGAUGCUCUUGUUGCACUUGAGAAAGAUUCAUGCAUUAAGGAAGCAUUAGGUGAAACUUUUGUCCAAUACUUUGUUGCCAUGAAACAUUAUGAGUUAGAAACUGAAGAAAUGGAUGGUGAAAGGAAUAAAUGUUUGGGAUAUUUUAUUUAGAAGAAACACUGUUCUGUAGUGAUGCUGUGUAAAUGCAUACAGUGAAUGACUAAGUAUUUUGAAAUUAGUAAACAUAUUUAAAA